CCCGACAGUCCCGGGAGGGUGGAGCGGCGUUACAGUCAAAGUUAGGGCGGCGCCGCCUCCUUCCAGGAAGCGCUUCCCCUUUCCUUCUUAUCCGGCCUCUCACCGCACCCACCCUAACUAAUCGUCAGCUUCUCCAAAGAAGUCCUACCUAAAGCCAGCUCCUGGCCCUGCCAGUUAACGGGGAGAGGACACGCCUGGCGGAGAGAGAAGCCGGUGCCCCUGCUCCGGUCUCCGCGUGCGUCUUCUACGAGUGCUGGAUCGCCGUCUUAGUCUCCGGCCGGAUCCGCCUCGCAGCCAUGGGGGCGUGUCCCCUUCGCGAGGCCUGGCUCCCCUCCGUGGGGCUCCUCUGGGCGCUGGCGCUGCUUGGCCUGCCGCGGGCCAGCGGUAAUUGUAGUACUCCUCCAACAAUUCCUUAUGCUCAUCCAGAAGAAAGCUAUGAUGCUGAUAAAACCUUUGGUGAUGGAACCACCAUAACUUACAAAUGUGAUACUGGUUAUGCUAAAAUACCUGGAAAAUCAAACUCAGUUACUUGCCAGGGUGUGGAAUGGUCAGAAAUCCCACAAUUUUGUAAUCGUAGCUGUAAUCAGCCACCCCGGUAUAAUACUAUGCAACCAGAUAGUGCAUUCAUAAGUCAAAAUUACUUUCCUAUUAAUAGCACUGUGACUUUUGUAUGCCGGCCUGGACAUUCUCUCAUUAAAUUAGGUCCACUCCUCAGUAUUUGUCAGGAUGAUGGAAGCUGGUCACCCAUCUCAGAAUCUUGUAAAAAAAAAUCAUGUCCAACUCCAGUAACACCAGAUCAUGGUCAAAUUAUGACACCAACUGAUAUCCUGUUUGGCUCAAAAAUUGAAUAUUCUUGUGAUGAAGGCUAUCAUUUAAUAGGUGAUGCUGUUAGACAUUGUACCCUUUCUAACAACCAAGUUUUAUGGAGUGGUGAAUCUCCAGUUUGUGAAAUUACUACUUGUUUAUCACCUCCAAAUAUCAACAAUGGGAAGCACAAUGGUGGCCACAAGGAUGUAUUUACCUAUGGUGAGACAGUGACUUAUCACUGUGAUUUACGUGCUCAAGAUCAAUUUUCACUUAUUGGAGAAGCCACCAUUACUUGUGCUGAACAUGGAGAAUGGAAUAAGCCAACUCCUGAAUGUAAAGUGGUCAAAUGUACAACUCCAUACGUUCCCAAUGCAGUCCAGGUGUCAGGAUUCGGAUCCUCUCAUACUUAUAAGGACACAAUUGUUUUUGAAUGUAAAGAAGGUUAUAUCUUACAGAAUAAUAGGAAGAUUACCUGUGAAGCUGAUAAUAAGUGGAAGCCUGAGCUGCCAAUUUGUUCUGAAGCAUCUGGUCUUCCUUCCAGUCAAGCACCACCUGCUACAAGUAGACCAGGAACAACUAUUGCUUCUCAAACAAAGCCACCUGUCUCAAGACAACCAGGACCUUCUCUUCCUCCCGUUGAAGAACCACCCUCAGGCCAAAUGAGUCCUGGCAUCAUUGCCCUGAUAGCUAUUGCAGCUAUCGUUUUUGUGAUCAUUAUCUUGGUAAUUUCUCAUCAAUAUAACAAAAAAAAAGGGAAAAAUGCAACGAUUCCUGCUAAUGCUAGUUACAAAGCUUGCCCAAAAAAAGAGAAUCAUUCUCAGGAAAGCAAUUGUAAUGUUUGAAAAUUUAAUGUGUCCAUCGAUCUGGCCUAUAUUUUAGUUGAAAUGUUAAGCACUUUUCAAGUUACUUUCAAUGUAGCCUUUUUGCCAUUUGAGAAUGCAGCUGUUAAGUUGGAAUUUUGAUAUUUUAAAAUAAGGCUUAGCACUCAUAUACCUCCUUACAUCAUUGUUGGAAAACAAAAAGGUGCUCGAAAUAGAUUUGAAGGUAAUACACACAUUGGAUUUCUCCAUAUCAUCACAGCAUUUUGUGUAGGGUGUCAGGAAGAUUGCAAAGUAUUUUCAGUGGACAAUUAUCCAGAUGUUGAAAAUGAGGGAAGUUGGACACCAGCUUUAUGGAUACUUAAAGGUUUUUUGUAAGAAAUGUUCUUGUCAAGCAGUAGCACCUUCUCACAUUAGUAAUGACCUUCUUUGGUAAACAGUAUACUCUCUCAAGACAGAGUUAUUAGUAAGUCAGUUUGCACACAUGGCUGUGAAGUUGCCAUUUCUUUUCACCAGUCAGUGGGAAACAGACUUAUUUGUUUAAACAAGAUACCAAGAAGAAUGAUUUGACUACUCUGAAAGUAAAGGGACAUUAGUGAGUCUCUAGUGAAGAAUUCCAGCAAGAGGUGCACCAUGAAUACUUGUGGCCUUAAAAAUACCAAAGAUCUGACCCAAUUCAAGUAGGGCAAGUGCUUUGUGGUGGGAAUGUCCCCAUGUUGAAAGCAUAUUAAAAUCAAGCCUGAGAGAUAGCACAUAAGGGGCUAAUGUCCUUGCCUUAAACCAAGAAAGACCAUUCAAAUCCUGCCUCUGAACUUCAUGGCUCUGGGCAGGUGACUUAACCAGCCUGGUAUAGCUCUAGGCCAAUGAUGGCAAACUCAAAUAGAAACUUAGAAAACCACAAAUUAACAUAUGCAUGUUGUGUUGUAUUUUCUGGUUUUCUUAAUUUCCCAAUUUUAGUCUGGUUUGAGCAGCACAAAAGUUUUGAAGACAGCAUCUGGGCCCAAAUUUGACAUCUUUGCUCUAGGCUGUUUUCUAAAAUGCGGAGGCUCUAAGUGAAGUGUCACCAGUAAGGGGGAAAUGUCCACACUGGGAGUUUCCCACUUCUGAUGCCACCCCCUCAACACACAGAAUGUAGCCUGUUUUUAGAAUCCAGAAACGUGGUCAAACGGUGACUUAAAAGCCUUAGAAUACAUUCUGAAGGGGCACAUUUGUGAGACCAUAUCAUCCCUCACUCAGUACUUUUUUAAAAAGAUCUUUUUUUAAGCAUUUUAGCUGGACAAAGAACUAAAAAUAGACUCUGUACCAUUUUUCUAAAGGUGUGUGGUACAGAAAAUUGUAUAUAUAAAUCUGUAUCACCUGCCCAUCUCUUCCUAACUACACUCCCUAAUUGAGUAUGAGGAUUUGGUUUCAACCUUUGGUCAGAAAAAAGCAGACUUGGGUAUUUUCUUUGUUUGUGUCUGAAAUAUACACACACCUUGGAUUCAUGAUUUCUUAAAAAAUGUUGGUGUGGGCACUGCUUGCAGUGCAGAAUGUAACUGACCCCCACUGCACGCAUAUGUUGGCCCCCCUCCCCCACCAUUAAUUCCAUAGACAAGACCCCUUUGGGGUUGUGUUGGGGUGUGGGCAAUGCCUCUCAAGGCUUCUAGAAGACAAAUACAUCAAAUCUCCACUUUUCAGCUGGCAGCUACUGACCUCAUUCUUUUUCUCACUUUGGACUCUGAGGUAGUGUACAAGGUAUGACUGAAUCACCCCCCAAAUGCAAACUUUUCACCAUUAAUUCAUUAGCUUUGAGCCCCUACCCCAGGGUGUUAAACCAGGGGAAUGCUUUUUCCUAUAAAUUCUUUCUUCCAAACUUAAAAGACUUGGAGGAACAUCAGCUGCUGCCUGCACAAUGAAUUAGCAGCAAGGAAGGAUACAAUCUAUGCAUAUUUCAGCAGUGUCUCAGCUGUGAGAAAGGUCCUAGCCAAAGGCCCCCUCUGUUCUGAAACAGUGGGGCAAAGAAGGUGCUGCCUGAGAUUGCCUCAUAGUGGCCACUGCUGACCUCCAAAAUGCUAGAACCACAGUGGGCUUAUGCUCUCUCUGUCAUCAGCGAUUGUCUCAGAACCUGAGAAGUCGCCAUUAAUUGGUCAGUCCCCUCAAAGCCUCCCUCUAGCCUCCAGCCCUGUCACAGGUGCAUUCUUCCCUGAAAGCUGACUGUCCCAAGGCUCGACAGAAAUGUAUUUCUGCCCUUGGGGCCUCACAGACUCCUUCACAAAUGACCAUUAAUUUGUCUGCCUCAAGAUGCUUAUUUUGUUAAUGGCACAAUCCCUAUAUCCAAAGAGAGGGCUGUGCAAAUUGGGAGUUACACAUACAUGCAUGUUACACAUAAAGGAUACAUUCACUUUCAAAGAAACGAGUGUGGGAACAAGAUUCGGUAUACCUCACCAAUCUGGACCAAUGCAAAGCAGGGAAAGGUUUCCCUUUGAAUUACAGGUUUUGUUUUAUUAAAAAUAUAUAAUGAAGUUUUAUUUUGAAGGACAGUAACUCCAGCUAGGCUAGGAAAUAGUGAUGUUACAUACCAAUAAGCAUAACUUAUUUGUAAAGGAGUGCUUCAGUAUUUCUUGUAGUCUUAUUUGUGCUAUUUAUGAAAUAUAUAUGAGUUCUGAAUUUGUAAAGUCAGGAAUUGAUUUUGUUUUUCACAAUCAGGUUUUUAGGAAUCAUUAUUUACUUAAAAUGAAAGGGAAAUUUCAAGUUAAUACUGGCUAGAUGAAUCUUGAAACAAAGACUUAUGUACAAUAAGGAAACUGAUUUCUAUGAAGGUUUCUUUAAGCAAUUUUGCACGAGGGCUCUAUAAAUUCUCUUAAGUAUGUGUAAUAUAUCUAUAUGCAUGUAUGUUUCUUGUGCGUCUCACAUAUCUUUAAAUCUGUAAUUUAGGAUUAAAUGUAAUUUUCCUUUUAUAUAUGUCCUUCCAAAUAGCUAGGAAAACAAGUUUUAUAUGUAUGUACAUUGGCUAUUUAUCAACAACCUGUGCCUUCUCUGUUAAGAAUCUUGUGAAAAGGAAGAUUGUCCUUCUUGAAUAAAAAUUACAGAUGUCCUUGAAAAGGCUGGCAAGAUGUGUCUAUCCAGAGGGUGGUUCUAAAACUGAAUAAAUUGUGGCUUUGUCUGA